AUGAAGGUUGUUCGUUUCCGUAGAAGUGUUUCUUAUCUCAAAAAAUGCGCUACGAAGGCCAGAACUUGGCUUGCCGUGGCAGCUCGACGAUUUCGCGCCAUUCGCCACACCCCGGAUCAAUCUUUUCCGGUUGGAACUCCACCGGCCUCAGUGAUUUCCUCCGACGCUCCUAUGUCGGCUCCGGUUUCCCCUCACAGCUCGACUCGAUCCAGGCCCAUCAGCAUUGACACCGCUUUGCCGAUGACUCCUGAACACCUCACCAACUUUUUCACAGUUGCCUCCAACUCUCAUAGCCCAACUCGCUCUAGCCUUAUGAGCAUCGACACCGGCCCGCUCCUGACUCCUGACGUUCUAAAAGCCGCUAGACAUCACACUAUAGCCCCAAUUGUACACACUUCCAGUUCCCCGCCCGCCUCCCAUUCACCUCCCAUAACUAGUUUCACCAGCAUUCCAAACAUUGAAAGCUCUCAAAGUUCCAUGUUUUCACCACCACGUACCGAUUUGGCCAAAGAAAACCCAAUUCAGCAACUCCGAGAUCUCCAUCGUCUUUCCCCUACACCCAGCUUCUCAAGACAGUCACGGCUUUUGACUCACGCUUCACCCAAAGAUUCUGUUCCGCAGCUUGCGGCCCGAUCCCCUCGACCUUACGCUUAUUCCUUCCCACACGACUCUCCCGGCCCAUCGUCGCCAUCAUCCUAUGCGGCACCUACAAAACAGUCAAUAUUGCAUUCUAUGCGUGACGGGUCACAAGUACAACUUUACCAGCAUAAUGAGUUGAACAUCUCCCUACCUUUGGUCGACUUCAAGAAACGUCGCUUCUCCGUCUUAUUCGAUGGUGAUGAACACCCAGUACAACCUUCCAAGCGCUACAAGAUGAGCUCUCAAGUUCGUCUUUAUAUGGCGGAUAUCUUUCCCGCUCCGUCCUCCUCCAGGUAUCACCAUGGUUGGUUUCUAGAUCAAAACAAUGCCCCGGUAUUUUGGGCUUCAUGUCAACCGACCACACAAUCGUCAACAACUGAAAAUCACCCAGAUAGAGACUAA